CGCCCAUGCUUGGAUCGUGGCUUCCGAAUGUGGCGGCGCUCUGCUAGAUCAGAGGCCCAAGAUGCGUAUACAAAUGUAGCUCAUUUUGCUUUUUGUUGGCUCCGGUGUUUUGUAAUGAGAAAUUGAUCGGCGUUUUGCCGACCUGUGCAUACACAUUUCACAUUUUCCUUCUUCUUAGUUGAGCUAGCUGGAGUUCAGUUUAUAGUGGAAAAUUCGAUUUUAUUUUGUUUUCGUUUCUGUUUCUGCAAAAAAAAAUGGCAUGUCGGCCCACGGCCACUUGUCAGCCUACCCUGAAGCCUCGCCUCGACGGGUCGCACUCUCCGGUCUCCGCCUCCGCUGCGUCAAAACAUCAAACGGCUUGCGCGCGCAACCCACCAGUCCAGUGAUCCACCGCAACCGACGCCGCCGCCGUCGCCCGAAUGUCCGUCGCUGCCGGCGUCGCCCUCGCCGUGGCCGACGCCGUGUGGGCGCAGAUCAAGGCCGCGGGACACGCCACCGACGAGCACCUGUCCAUCCUCGACCACCUGUUCGGCAAGAACAUGCUGCGCGCCUGCAAGAUCCUCGACGAGGGCGGCGUCCGCCGCGUCACCGGCGCGCCCAGCGGCCGCUCGCUCUUCCUGGUGAUGGGGGAGUCCAAGAGGAAGGAGGAGUACAUCUGCUUCCCGGAGCACCUCUGCACCUGCUACUCCUUCUUCUAUGACAUCGUCGGCCGCGGUGAGCAGCUCUGCUGUAAGCACCAGUUGGCAGCGCGGCUCGCAGAAGCUGUCGGCAAACACCAGGAGAUGGAGGUGACUGAUGAGGAGCUCGCUCACAUGCUUGCUAACCUCUGACUGCUUGAAUAUUUAAGUAAUGCACAAUACAUUUAUGAAUGACUGUCUUUUUGGGGGUUGUCUCA